AUGUCAAGAGAUCGUCGUAUAAUGAAGGAACUUGCAGACAUCCAACAUGAUCAUGACAGCUCGGGUGUAAAUGCGAUUCUUGUUUCCGAGGGGAACAUGACACAUCUCAAGGGGAGCUUUCCCGCUCCUCCAGACACCCCUUACUCUGGCGGCACCUACACCAUCGACAUUCAGAUUCCUGAUCAAUAUCCGUUCAAGGCACCGUCGAUGAGGUUUGACACAAAGAUUUGGCACCCCAAUGUCAGCAGUCAGACGGGCGCCAUCUGCCUCGACACACUCAGCUCCAACUGGUCUCCCGUCCAGACUAUCAAGACCGCCCUCCUCUCUCUUCGAAUGCUGCUCGAAUGCCCAAACCCAAAAGACCCCCAAGACGCAGAGGUUGCAAAAAUGAUGAUGGAGAGCCCUGAACGCUUCGCUGCCAAGGCCCACGACUGGGCUGUUCAACACGCUGGAGCUCCGCGAAGAGAUGUCGAUCUCAGUCAAUACAAAAGUGAAGGCGCUCCUGCACCACCCAAAGUCGAUGCAGCCCGGUACAUGGGCUACAACAAAGACCUCGUCGAGAGAUUCGUCAACAUGGGCUUUCCUCUCGACAAUGUUGUCGAGGCCUUCAUUGCUAUUGGUAUUGAGCGUAACGGGGGCCGAGACUACGUGUUGGAGGAGGCAUACAUGGGUGACAUUGUCGCUAGGCUCCUCGGCGAGCAAUAA